GGGCUAAACGAGAUAUUUGAUGCGAUUAUAUGUGAUCCACCUUACGGGGUUCGAGCUGGUGGACGCAAAUCCGGUGGCAGGAAAAUCCUGAGAGGGACGGUGGAUCCUUACACAGUCCCUGAAGACAAAAGGACAGAUCACAUUCCAUCCACUGGUGCAUAUAGUCUAGUGGAGUGUGUUCAUGAUCUGCUUCACCUCGCUGCAAGAAUGCUGGUGAUGAAAGGGAGGCUAGUCUUUUUCUUCCCGGUUUUGAGAGAUGAGAAUGGCAGUGAGGUUAAGUUUCCAGAGCACCCGUGUUUCAAGUUGGUGGCUGUCUCUGAACAGAUCUUGAGUUCGCGGUACAGUAGGGUUUUGCUGACCAUGGUGAAAGUAGAGCCUUAUAGCCAAGAGGUUGAGGAAGCUGCUCGUUUAAUGCAUUUGGAGUUUAGAGAGAAUCAUCUUAAGUGGUUAGAGGAAGGUAAUAUUCAUUCCUCUGUGUUUAAACCUUCUGAUCAUUCACAGAUUCGUGCUGAUACCAAAAGCUUUAAAGAUCCUAAACCUAAGUAUAGAGGGAAGUAUGUGUAAGCACUGAGUUUUGUACUCUUUAUGUUGUAUUUGGUUAGUUUUGUGCUGAACGCUGUAGUUCUGAAUGUGUUUCCAUUUUCCAAUACAGAUAACUUUUAGGGUUAUUGGCAAACAAAUGUAUGCAAAAAAAUACAUAACAAAAGAGCUGAUAAGCAUAUGAUUAACCUACAAAAAUAUAACAGUCAGGAUUAAAUUCUUAGACUAUCAAAAUCAGGAUUAAAGUUUUCAAAAUAAAAAAACUUUCUUCGUCACACGUGAUUAGGAGAUUCUUGAUUAAUAUAAAUAAACGCUUCUCUAAGUCUUCUUCAAAAUCUGGGACUGUGUACUGUAGUAGCAGUUAAACAUCCCACGUUCUUUGUUUACAACUUCUUACCAUCCUUCCCUAGACAAAGGC